GUCAAAAAUUCCAUAUGUCAGAAUGACAGGAAAUGUUCUCGAAUUUAAUAUUAUUGUUUCUUCAUUUAAAUCAUAAUUCUUAAGCGUUUAAAGUUGUUCGAAAAUGGUGAAAAUAUCACUACAAAUACGAGCCACAUUAGAAUGUAUAGAAAAGCUAUAUACCAACCAUCCACACUAUCAAUGGUUCCUAAAAUUGAAAUGCGGCAACUGCGGCGAAGUGACGGAGAAAUUUCAUGAUCUCACAGAAGCUGAAAAAGUUCCGCAAAAGCAUAAUAGGUCAGAAACCAACUUGCUUAUAAAGUGUAAAUUGUGUUCCAGAGAAAAUAGUAUCGAUGUGAUUGAAGGAAGCAAUGGUGCAUUUACAAGUAAUGAUGUUGGAAAAUACAAAACAAUUGUAACAUUUGACUGUAGAGGAGUUGAACCUGUAGAUUUUGAGCCCAAAUCUGGAUGGAUUGCAGAAGCGGAAGAAAAUGGUAAAAAGUUUGAUGAUGUUGAUUUAUCUGAAAAGGAAUGGGUAGACUAUGAUGAAAAGAACCAGACAUCAGUCGGUGUUUACGAACUAGAGUGGCAGUUUGUGAAAGUUAAGUAAAUAUAUAUUAAAGUAUAAGAAAUGAUUAAUGCAUUUAUUAUUUAAAUGCUCUACAAGAUUGUAAUAAAUUAUAAAUUUACAUUA